AAGUCAUAAAUAUUUUAGGGAAUUUAAAAAAAGUGAAUUAAAAUUCUAUUACUCAUCGACUAUUUUACAAAAAAAAAAAAUAAGAACACAAAAAAACCCUAAAAAACAUCCUUAAAAACAAUAUUAGGAAAAUAACAGGAAUUUAAAGGCAGCAACAAAAACAACGACCAUAACAAGAAAUUAACACAAAAAUAAAAAGAAAAACAACAAAAAUAAAAAAAAAACAAAUAUACAAGAAUUUUUAAACACCAACAUAACUUAAUACUCGCUAGCGUGGAAACAUUCACUGCUGCUGUUUUCCCCUCAAAAACACUCAAACACUAAUACACAACAAUCUACCCUUCCCAAACACUCCCUCUCUAAUACGCACAGGGAUUCUUAAAGUUUUGAUAACAGAACAACAAUCAACCAACAAACUAACCAACGACAAACAGCUUUAAUCAGGAAAAAGAAAAAUGGGUCGCCGCAAGGAUAAACCACGCCUUAUCCCCGAGCAAGAUAAACGUAUCUGCCGUGCCAUUUGCCUUUGCCAAUUGACUAUGGUUUUAUCGUGCGUUUCCAUAGUGUACUUAAGUGUAGCUAUUUAUGCUCCUUCAUUUAAAGCUUUUAAAUCCGGUUUUGAAUUGGAUCCGGUCAUGUGUCAAACUAUACAAUCGGAUAUGCCUGAUUCACAUUGUGGUUGGGCUUCUUGUGGUGAAUGGUGUUUAACACGUACCAGCGGUUUUUGUCCACAAAUCUAUUCAAUCGUGCGUCGCAAUGGCACCGAUAUUCAGUUGAAUAAUUGUACUCGUAUUACAAAUACUUCAUGUGCAAUGAUCGAUAUGAGUCGUUUAAAUAAAUUCAAUUGUAACAAUGGGACAGCCUGUAACAACAUUCACGGAGUAUUCAAUUGUUCAAAUGGUCACUGUAAAAAUAUGUCAGAGUUCUUUUUGUGUCAUCACAAAGCCGAUGGACCGACAAUAAAUUCAGCCAAAGACAAUACAAAAUUGAAUGGUUUCUUUGAGUGUCAUGGAGUGCAUUGUACGAAAAUUAAAAAACCUUUUAGUUGUGACAGAUAUUGUUCGAAAAUAACCACUUCACAUAUAAAUGUUCUGCUGAUGCAUGAGGAUAAUGUUAUAGCAGCAGAUUGUGAAAAUGCAGUGGCCUUUAAUGAGGCCAGAGGCAAUGAGCUGGGGGUUCGUAUAAGUCCGACAGAAUUUUGGAAAGAGGACGAUGGGAAUCUGUUAACGAAUUGUGCCACUGUAACGAGGGAAGGGGACAAAAUACUGGCCACGGAUUGUCUGAAUGGUACUUUAUUGCCGCACAAUAUUUUGCCGGAGCCUUUUAUGAAUUUUACACAAUUUUGGAAAAUCUAUGAGGAAAGCAAAAUCGAAGUGGAUCCUGAACAGAAAUUUUUACCCAAUCAACAUAACUUGACAAUUUAUAAGAAUAAAAAGUUAUUUAUCAAUUUGGAGGGUUGUGUCAAUACUUUGAGGGGAGAAUGUAAAGAUUUUCAUGCUCGUCAUGGCAGUGAUGGCGAUAAUAAUACGGCUCAAUCGAGGUAUCAAUGUUAUUAUAAUAAGGAUCCCUCAGUUGAAUUUGUAACUUCACGUUAUGAUUUGAAAAAAGUCUAUAAUGAAUUGUUAUUCUCGCUAAUAGUUCCUAUAGUUUUGUUUGUGAUCUCAUCAAUUUCUCUUAUAAUUAUAACAACAUAUGUUAAGGUGGGAGAUGAUGCCAAAAUGCGUUGUAUUUGUGGCGGCGAAGAAUCAGAUGCCGAUGAAAUCUAUUCAUCACGUAAAAGUAAAAGGAAUCGUCAGGCUCAGAAUUUAGAAACGAUGGACAAUCUAAAUCAAAUGACAGAUUUGGCGGAACAUGACGUUAGUCCUGCCGAUGCCAAUGCCAUGAUUGGCAGUACAAAGUCACUAUUGCCCUUAAGUCCCACCAAUGAUUCCGGUACCACCGAUAAUACAUUUGACGAUGAAAAAGCCUCAAAAUGUGACAUGCCAGAAAAACCUCUAGUAGUAAUUUAAAACAAACUAAGUAAAUCAAGAAAAAAAUCAAGCAAACAUUAAAAAAAACUUUAAACUAAAACUUAAUUUCUAAAUGUGCAUGUGUAAUUUUAUU